AUGGCGUCACAAAAUGUAGUUUUGUUAUGCCGGUGGGGAGGAGAAAUUCUGUUUGAUGGACCCCGGGUCGAGUAUAGUGGGGGAAAUAUGGAACCACUAACACUAGAACUGAACAUGACUAUGAAUGAUUUGAUGAAUGAGGUUCAUAGUAGUAUUGGUUCAGACCCGAUGACCGUUGACGUACACAUUAAAAUGAGGUUUGAGACCGGCAAUGGGGUUCAAGUGUUACCGGUUUCUACGAAUAAGCAUGUGACAGCUCUAAGGAACGUUGUUGCAAUGAAGGGUGUUCCCACUGAAAUAUAUGUGGAAACGGUGCCUAUAUGUACCCAACAAAGUACUCGGCCAGAACAAUUGCAUAGUUAUUCGCCUACGCAAGAUGAUGGUCAGGCUUCACCGUCUCAGCAUGCGCCGAAUCAUCUUGAAGAUAUUGUGAAUAACGAACUUUCUGUGUAUGAUGUGUACACAAAUGAUGAGGCCGAUAGCGGAGAGGAGGAAGAUGGACUUCAGAACAUGGAUGUAGAACCUGCUCGGAUGGAAGUGGGCGAGCCCCUGGUUAGAACUCCCAUUCCUUGGUUCAGUCAGAGGAAUCAGUUCUACACCACAAUUACAUCGAAUGAGAGUGUGCUUCAUUUGCGGUGCAAGAAAAAAUGUGGUUGGAUGCUACGGGGUACCAAAUCUAGUAAGCACUCGCGUGGCUUCGCCCUAGUCACAUACAAAGGCCCGCACCGGGAGAACUGUGUCACGGAAGUAUUGUCCACUGAUCACCCGCAUUUGGAUUCGUCGUUAAUAUCAGAUUUUGUGAAGUCCUUUGUUCGGAAAGAUCCGUCUUUGAAAGUUGAAUUCAUACAAGAACUCAUCUCCAAGCAAUUUCAUUUCGAUGUCCCGUACCGGAGGGCAUGGUAUGCAAAGGGGAAAGCAAUAGCUGAUAUUUACGGUGAUUGGGAGAGUUCUUACGGCAGACUUCCGCACUUCAUGCAAGCCCUCCAACAGUCAAACCCGGGAACGUGUGUUGUGUGGAAGUACAAAGCGUUGGUUGACGGUGUUUACUACAGCAACAUGGAAGUGUUUGAAAGAGUGUUUUGGGCGUUUGGCCCUUGUAUCGACGGUUUUAAACAUUGUAUGUCAGUUAUCUGUAUCGAUGGGACGCACUUGUACGGGAAGUACAAAGGAACACUGUUGGUUGCUACAAGUGUUGAUGCAAACUUCCAAGUAUUUCCUCUAGCAUUUGCGUUGGUUGAGGGGGAAAACACCUCCAGCUGGUCUUGGUUCCUGGGUUGCAUUCGGGUUCAUGUCACUCAACGAGAUGGCCUUUGUGUUAUAUCUGACCGACAUCCUGGGAUUAGGGGUGAAACAAAUUCGGGUUAA